AGUCAGUUAAAAUUUCGGCGGCGCGCUGCAAAAAAUAUAAUUGAUUUUUAAUUUCUCGAUUAUUUAUUGUCUUGAAAACCACCCUGUUUGUGUGAACUUGAAAAAAAUAACAAUUUAGUGGUACGUUUUACAUAGUUUGCUCUAGCUGAAUCAACAAGUGGUAAAAUCUUCAAAGUUUAUACAUUAAUUUCGUUUUUUCGCUUCGGAGAAUUGGAGCCGAACAAGAAAGUCCGUUUUUCUUUGUUAGUUACGUCCCCCAGCAUGGAUCACGAUGACGAUGAAGGCGUCGGUUUCAUCAGACCUAGCCAUUAUUUGAAGAGUCCUACUAUUGCCGAACAACAAGCGAUGGCACUUCUGCAAGUGCCUAAAAAAACCGGAGAUAGAGAAGGGAGCAUAUCAUCCAGCGUAAGUGAUUUGGAUAUUCCCAUUUAUUCGUCCGAGAAUUUAACAACUUCUGUUAGGAGGGAACCACAUGGGUCCUUCAAUUUAAAAUUGGGAUUUGCUAUCGUUGCCGGUGCUUUUGGAUCGUCAUUUCAACAUGGUUACAAUACUGGGGUCCUCAAUAACCCACAAGCAGUUAUUGAAAACUGGAUUAAAGAAAGCAUGUACAACAGGACAGGCACAAUUCCCACGCAAGAAAACGUCACAUUCGUUUUUUCUUUGAUGACUGCUAUGUUUUGUAUUGGAGGAAUGAUUGGAGGCUCGACCACAGGUAUGAUCGCUGACCGUUUCGGCCGUAAAGGUGGAUUACUUCUAAACAACGUGCUGGUAUUUCUGGCUGUGCUGUGCGAAGCUUGUUCUAAACCGGUUGCCUCCUACGAACUCUUUAUUCUCGGUAGAUUCUUCAUUGGUCUAAAUUCCGGCUUAAACGCUGGUUUAGCGCCGAUGUAUUUAGCCGAAAUCUCGCCGAUAAAUUUAAGGGGAGCCGUAGGAACUGUCUAUCAAUUAGUCAUCACAAUUUCCAUCCUGAUAGCUCAGAUUUUGGGUUUGCAAAGUCUAUUAGGAACAGAUACCCUCUGGGUAACUCUGUUAAUGAUGACAGUGAUUCCUGCCAUAUUCCAGGUAAUUACUUUACCGUUCUGUCCGGAAUCUCCGAAGUAUCUUCUAUCGAAUAACAAAGAAACUCAAGCUGAAAAAGCUCUUAAAUGGUUAAGAGGAACGUACAACGUACGCGAUGAAAUGGAAGUGAUGAACGCUGAAUAUGAAGCUGUGAAAUUGAUUCCUAAAGCAACAGUUAGGGAAUUGGUGACCAAUUCUGCCCUUAGAAUCCCGUUGAUUAUUUCGUUAACUGUGAUGAUUGCCCAACAGCUUUCUGGAAUUAACGCCGUUAUGUUCUUUUCGAGUACAAUCUUUAAAAUGGCCGGCCUGAAAGGUGAUAAUCCUACUUACGCUACGUUAGCUAUGGGAGGAAUAAACGUUCUAAUGACUAUAGUUUCAUUGUUCCUGGUAGAGAGAGCUGGAAGGAAAACUUUAUUGAUGGUUGGUUUCGGUGGUAUGGCUGUAGAUACGUUAUUACUAUCGAUUGGUAUGCGAUUUGUGGAUACUGGAUCAACAGCUGGAAUUUUCUGUGUACUGUUCGUAUUGAUUUUUGUUAUAAUGUUCGCGAUUGGGCCCGGUUCAAUUCCAUGGUUCUUGGUAUCUGAAUUAUUCAACCAAUCUGCCCGUCCUACUGCUACCUCAUUGGCUGUUGGUAUUAAUUGGACAGCUAACUUCAUCGUAGGUUUGGCGUUCUUGCCCCUUAGUACUAUAAUGGGUUCGUACGUCUUCUUGAUCUUCUUCGCGUUACAAUCUUUAUUCCUACUUUUCAUUUACAAAAAGGUUCCUGAAACGAAGAACAAGACUCUAGAAGAAAUAUCAGCGAUCUUCAGACAACAGUCUUACCAAUAGAAUGAAUUUUGAUCAGGUAAAACUGAUGUAUGUGACAGUACUUCGUGUAUAGUUGGUGUAUUGAAUUUACCAAUAUCAGAUCUGAUUUAAAAAUUAAUCAAAGUGGAUGGUUUUUAUUUUCAAACAUCCGACUAAGUUCGAUGGUAUCAUCGAAAUAAAGACAUUAUUCAGUAUCGACAAUUUUUUUUGAUACUAUGUCGCCUUUGAAAUAUUUUUUCAGUGAACGCUGGUUUUUGUAUAUGAUCAUACUCAACUAUACUCCUCAAAUAAUAAUUUGUUUGUAUAUAGACAUUGUGACUGAAAAUUGAAAAAAAAAUUAGGUAUAGGUUUUUACAACGAUUCCAAUGGGUGAUUGUAACAGUAGCGGUUAAAAAAAAUUUUCCUUUUACUAUCAGGAAUGGUACUGAAAUGUUUGUUUGUCGUGGUGGAACGUUUUCAGUAUAUAAAAAUUUGUAAAUUUGGAAUUUUCUCAUGAAAUCUCUUUACUGCUACAGAUUCAAGAUAUGACUGGUCUAGAAUGAUUUAUUAUAGAUACUUGAAACGACUAGCAAUGCCAACACUAAUUUAUGACAGACAGGUAAAAUCAUUGGAAAAACCUAUACCAAAACAAAAAUGUAGAAAGCCUCUCAGCAAUUUACCAAAAGUAUUUAACUAGUUUACUUUUGAAAAGACUGCAUAACCAAAAUACUUUCUUUAUAGUUAAGUUAGUAAAUAAUAGUUUUUAAGUAGAUGACUUUUCCUUACAAGUAUAUCCAGUGAGUAAUAUCUGAAUCCUCUCUUUCAAUCUCUUAUUGUUUAGCAAUAAAUUGUUUCACCAACUUCUCAUUUAUUGUUAAAAAAUUGUCUAUAAUGCUCUCUAAAUCACAUACGGGCAUUCAGAAGGUCCUUCGUUGUACAUGAGGUCUCUCACCUCCACUAGUUGGUCAAAAGUAUUCAGAGCCUCGUAUCUCAACUAGUCCUAUUGAAUCCUCCACCUUUAGACCUAACCAUACAAUUCCAAGCCAUGAUGACAGGGAUGAGCAACUGAUCAUAUGAAAAACUAGAUGUAGGUUGCUGUCCAAUCGUUUUGGGUACUGAUCAAAUGGCAUAUGUAUAUGUUAACAAUGAGUGUUUGGAGAACAGUGAGCUGGUGAUUCUAAGCGCGCAAUACUAAAUAAUGGAGUAUACAAAUCUUGAAGGACAGGAUUCUAUAUAAUAAACACAGUAAUCUUAAUCUUAGAUCGUCUGAGAGUGUUAUGUACUAACACGUGCGAAGUUAAAACACUUGGCAAGCCUCAUAGUUUGCCUAGUGACGUUAAAGAAUCGAAAUGAAAGUCUUUCCUAAUGCCUUUAGUAAUUUUAAGUGGGGUACGACAAGCGUUGACCACCCACAAUCGAACUAUAACUAUAUCACGUAAUUAUUUUUGUUUACUAUUUAAUUAUGUAAUUAUAUGCAAUUGAGAAUACUCCAAUUUCUAUCUUACGUAAUUUACCUUUCAAAAAUCCUCUUCAAACAUUAAAAUUCCUUUUUAAGUAUGCGCAUCAUAAUAAUAUUUGUUAAAAGUAGGGUUAUGUAUGUCAAAUCCAAUAAGCCUGUUUUUCGAAAUAUACAUCACUAACCUGAUCGGUGGUAAUGACGUCAUUAAAACUAUGUUAUAUUAACUUGGUGAGAAAAUAUAUGACGAUAGAUAACCUCGUUGUACGGAGUGGUUAUUUAAUUUUAAAUUUUUCAAGGAUUUUAUUAUAAAAAUCGAUUUGAAUUAAAUGGAUUCUCAACAAUUAAACGACUUUUGGUUUAAUCUUUUGAUAUAAAUUCUAGUGAUUUUUACUAUAUUAAUUUUGGAAGUUAAUAAAUUUAUAUUCCUUAUUAGUUAGUUUAACGUGUAGCUACACGGAAAAAAUUGCUGUUUUUGAAAAAUUGAUUCAUUUCGACAUAAAUGAGUUAAAUUGUAGUUUCCGUACAUAAAAAUUUUAUUUAACUUCAACAGCUGUGCAGAAAAGUGAGGGUAAUACAUUUCUCGAAAAAUGGCCGCGGCGAAGCAUGCGCGUAGGAAAUAAGUUUUAGAGAGAACGUUCACUAUCCUAUUAUAAGUUUAGAUAUUUUGAUUCAAUAUUGGGAACGUAAAUAUAUAGACAAAUAACGUAAAAAAGUUAAUAGAGAACUUUUAUUGUUAAAAAAAUGACAAUUGAAAUUUGUUUUAUAAUUCAUAAACUCCGGGAUUCUACAUAAGGUAAACUUAUCUUUUUUAUUUAUUUAUUGGUUGUUGUAUGAAUCCAUUUAGGUGCACGAAACUGCUCACUGGGUAUCACUAUCUCGAAAUACGACUAUUUUCAAUUGUACCACACAUUUUCAAGUGUACAUUAAAAAAUUAUUGUCUAAUGUUUGUUUGAAGUUUUUGGAUAUAGAUUCAUCCCGAACAAUGAACAAAUUGAAAUUUAAAAGCUGAUUAAUAAUUGACUUUGUUCAAUUAGAAUCUUCAAAUUUACAAAAAUACUUACUUAAAGCCUUAUAUACCUUCGCCUAUGAGUCAAUAGUACAAAAAAACUUUUUAUAGUCAUAUUAUUGAAUAUAAUGGAUUGGUUUUCAACGAUAUAGAGUUAUGUACUUUAAUAAUGCUUAAAUUGAAAAGUGGUACAUAGAGAAUAGUAUUUCACUCAAAUUAACAAGAAAAAUAAGCAACACCCUGAAUUAAUUUAAGGGCUGUGCCGUAAAAAUAAAAAUUUGUAGUUCUAAAAGAUGAUUGUCUAGUCAGUUUAUUCGAAAAUUCAACGGUUUCUACCGAAAGCUGUUGUUCAAAUUAACAGAAGCGACAAUUUACUCAGGAUACACUAAGAAAACAAUCCUUAAUAAAUAUUUUCUUAUUUCAUAAAGCUAUAAUGUAAUAUUUAGAAAUGUAGAAUACAAUUUAGAUCAAGAGAUUUUGUUGAUUUCGAUACUUUUAUAUGAAAAAUUAAAUAUUUCAUACAAUUAAAUUACAUUUAUACUAAUGUUAGUUCAAGAAACGAAUAGACUACUUUUUUCAGUGUAUUCUGUUAUUUCUCAAAAAUUUGAUACAACAAAUUGUCGCCUGUUUUUGAUUAGUAGCUCUCUGGUUUAUCAGUCUCGUCAACAAGUGCUUUUUUGUGAAAACUUUUUCUCUUUUUAUUUUCAACCCUCGUUAAAAAUUAUGAAUAUUAGUCCUACAUUUCGGAGAGUCCAGAGUUUUUUUACGAAAUUUCCUGUUCUUUUUACAGAUUUGAUUUCAGAUUUCAAAUUUUUACACGCGAUUCUGAAUCGAUUGACAUCUUAACAAUAUUUUUACUUUUGUACUUUAAACGCAUUUGUUGAUUAGACUAUAUACUGUAUUUUAUUUUUUUACCCAUAAAAUUAUAGUUCUUCCAAUAUCAAUUACAGAUUAUAAAAACCCUUGCCGACAAAUUUGUUUGAUCUAGACGAAUAAAAUGUAGGGAGUUUGGUUUAAACAGGGUACCAGACGUGAACUGAAUCCUUUUUGUACUCGAUUCGUUUUUUUCUGGAAAACGAAAUUUCAAAGCAAAAACCAUAAUUGUAUUCUGGAUAAUCUGCUACCUUUUGUUGUAUUACUUCUAAUGUCGCAGCCCAGUUCACCUUAAAUAAACUAUAAAUUGUCUUGUACAUAAAAUCUUGGGUAGCUUUGUCAACUGAUUUCAGUUUUUCUUUACUCGGUUUCUCGGUUCUGUGCAUAAUCCACAGCAACCCCUUUAUUACAUCAUCAGAUUGUUGAAUAUUUUCCUUUUUCAAACUUUCGAAUAUAUUUAAAAUAAUUGCUGUGUUUGUAUAUCUAAAUGUCAUUGUCUUCAUUCGCCCAUAAGAAAUUUAUGAAUUAAAUUAAUCUCACCAAGCAACGCCACUGCUGUCAAUUUCAAAGAAAUUGUGUACAUACUACUUCCGACAGCUUCGGCCAAUAUAAAUGCAUUUAUGUUUUCGAUUCGAUUGGUAAACAGUGGAGACGAUUAGUCCACGUGGACUGACGGUUUGUUAGAUGUUUACCGAAUGUUAUACUGGGAGUAAACAUUAUUUUUCAUUUCUUAAUUUAUGGAAUAUUGAUUGUUCCUCGCAUAAUUGUCUUCAGGAAUUGAUACUGGAAGAACUAUAGAAACUUCGGUGAAGAUUGUUUUAGUUUUGGCUGCGAUUGAGAAAAUAAUUUUUAUAAAAAAAGAUGCUGAGAGGCAGUAUUUGUUUAAUAAUUGUUACAAAUAGAUAUUUGAUAGGAAACUUUGUUGUUUUCUAAAUAUUUCAGAUGCUCAUUAGUUGUUAGAAAAUAAAAUAGUAGUUUGAGUGAAAGCAGCUUUUAUACGUAUUUAUUGAAACAUAUAUUUAUUUCUUAAUGAUUUAGUAAUUAAAUUAGUAACAGGAUAUUUGAAUCUAUUAAUUCAGUAUUAAUAACAAUUGAAAAGAAGAAUUUGUCAAUUUGAUUUAAAUUUAUGCAAAAAUGUAGACAACAAUGAUUCAAAAAUAAUGUCUUGGUACUAAUUUAAAUAAUGAAUGAAUUUAUUAUCUAUUUUAAAAAGACAAAGUAAAUCUCGAAAAAAAAAACUUUAUAUAUACGUAAAUAAGAUACAACUCUACGGUUUAGUUUUGUGGAAAUUUAAUUUGGGUUGAAGGUCUUGAAAUAAGUUCGUUUUACAUACAGUACAACCAAAUUUAUAAAAUCGACUUUGAAAUUCAUUUUAAUUCUUAAAGAAAUUUAAAAGUCAACGUAUAGUAUAUAAAAGUGAACAUUUUGAGGCCUAAAAGAUAAUUUUGAAAAGUUACUACAACAAAAAUCAAAAUUAAAACAUCAAAAUAUCUAUGAAAAAAGGAAAAUGUGGAAAAAACAAAAAUGAAGGCUUUUAUUUAUCGAUUACAAUAAAGCAUAUGACAAAAUUAGCAUAACUGAUAUGAAAAAUUAAGAGAAUUCCUAUGUGCAAUAUUUGAGGAGGUAAUUUUCAAAAUGCAGUCAUAACAUUACGCGAGGAAAAAAAUCUCAAGCUUCCAUUCUUCUUUUUAAUUCCAGCAUCUCAAAUCCAUUAGUUUUAGGAAUCAUAAACAAUGAAAAAUUGUAAUUAACCCUAAAAAAAUACAAGGUUAAAUUCGUCAAAAUAAUAAUAAUUUAUUUGUAAUUAAUCUGUCAAUAUUUAGAAUUUCCUUUACUCGAGCUUGUUUCUACCUCAAAUUUUUAUCUUAUAAA